UGGAGAGAAUUUCCACGUGUCGCCCAAGGACGCGAAGAUGGGUCUGCUGACACCAAUCCUCCUGGCACUUGUCACAAGUGCCAUUCUUACAAAUGCCACAGAACCAACUACCACCACAGGAACAACAACAUCAGAACCAACUACCACCGCAGGAACAACAGCAUCAGAACCAACUACUACCGCAGGAACAACAACACCAGAACCAACGACCACUGCAGGAACAACAGCAUCAGAACCAACUACCACCGCAGGAACAACAACAUCAGAACCAACUACCACCGCAGGGACAACAGCAUCAGAACCAUCUACCACCGCAGGAACUACAGCAUCAGAACCAACUACCACCGCAGGAACAACAGCAUCAGAACCAACUACCACCGCAGGAACAACAACACCAAAAGCAACUACCACUGCAGGAACAACAGCAUCAGAACCAACGACCACCGCAGGAACAACAACACCAGAACCAACGACCACCGCAGGAACAACAGCAUCAGAACCAACUACCACCGCAGGAACAACAGCAUCAGAACCAACUACCACCGCAGGGACAACAACACCAGAACCAACUACCACAGCAGGAACAACACCAGAACCAACUACCACCGCAGGAACAACAACACCAGAAGCAACUACCACCGCAGGAACAACAGCAUCAGAACCAACUACCACCGCAGGAACAACAACACCAGAACCAACUACCACCGCAGGAACAACAGCAUCAGAACCAACUACCACCGCAGGAACAACAACAUCAGAACCAACUACCACAACCACUGGUACAACAACACCAGAACCAACUACCACAACCACUGGUACAACAACUGAAACAACAUUCUCAGCAACUACUUCAAUCACAACUCCUCCAACCAGUACAGUGGCACCAGUAACCGUUCCUGUGACUCGUUUGGAGUUCCGAUUAGAUGAAACGUUUACACCAGGUUUAAGCAAUCCUAAUUCUGAUGAGUUCAGGAAUCUUGCGGUUGAUAUAGAAGCUACACUCGGGAGAAUAUACCGAAGAAGGCUGCUUAAUUUUAUUCGGGCAAGGGUCAACAGUUUCAGUCCGGGAUCCAUUGCUGUAAACAGCAGCUUGUUUUUUGAAGAAAACACUCAGCCACUAUCUCCUUCAGAAACAGUCAAAGUGUUGGCAAACGAAGUGAAUAAUAGCACGAAUUUAGGGAACCUUUCAGUCAUUCAGGAAUCCAUCCAGUCUGAAAGUAUCACUGUGAACAAUUUGGAGCCAGUUUCUCUGAAUAUUUUGUUUGUGAUAGAAAACGUGACUUUUACUGAUUCACUCACCAGCAAUACUUCCAGUGACUUUACAAGUCUGCGAGAUGCAGUCGUCUCCUGGCUCGAAAACGUUCUCAGAUCAGGAUUUUCCCCAGAGGUGCUGCCUAAUUCUCGUGUUGUGUUCAGCAAUGCUUCCUCAAAGGUAAAGGUGGCUGUACACGUCCAGAUCAACACGACCAAAAUAGAAGACCGACCAUUCCUGCGAGAUCUGAUCAUUAAUAAUGUUAACAGUUCAGGUUUUGAUAUCAUCAGAUCCACUGUUCAAGUAAACGGUCAGGGUCUUGAAUUUGACCGUAUUCCAGUGGCACUACGGUUUGAAACUACUACCUUCACAAUUGAGCUGAAUGAUAGAUCAACUCCCGAGUUCAUUGCACUCAGCUCCAGAGUGACAAAUGUGAUAAACAGUGUCUUUGGAAAUGAUCCGAACUUCACUGAGGUCGUAAUCAAUGGAUUUAGGAAUGGAUCUACUAUAGCAGAUGUAACAACAGUAUUCAGUUUUGGAACAACAAAGCAAUCAACUGUUACCCAAACAAUCAUUGAUAACAGUGAAACAUUCGUGAAGGCUGAUUUCAGCUUGGACAUCAACUUCCUUAUGGGCACAACGACCACCAUCCCAGCAAUGACCACCACCAGAACAUCAACACCCACAACCAGAAGCACAGUGUCAACUACAUCUGAAUCUCCAACAACGGCCAAUGCAACACAAGCAUCAACAACAGCCAAUACAACACAAGCAUCAACAACAGCCAAUACAACACAAACAUCAACAACAGCAGCCAAUGUAACACAAGCAUCAACAGCAGCAGCCAAUGUAACACAAGCAUCAACAGCAGCAGUCAAUGUAACAGAAGCAUCAACAACAACAGCCAAUACAACACAAACAUCGACAACAGUCAAUGUAACAGAAGCAUCGACAACAGCCAAUACAACACAAGCAUCGACAACAGCCAAUGUAACACCAGCACCGACAACAACGGCCAAUGUUCUUGUGACACCUGUGACCGUGGCUCUCAAUGGAACUUUUACACCAGCAUUAUCUAAUAGUAAUUCACCUGAGUUUCAGAAUCUUAGAGACAGUGUAGAACGUCAACUUACAGCGUUAUACCGUAGACGUGCACCUACUGGUUUUCGAGGAUACCGUGUCAUAAGGUUCAGGAGUGGAUCCAUUGAAUCAGUGGGUCAAUUGGAAUAUGACACUAAUGCCACACCACUAUCAAGUUCAGAAGCAGUGAAAGUAUUGGCAAAUGCAGCAGAGAACAACCAAACGUUAGGGAACCUUACGAUUAUUACCACAAGCAUCCGCUCUGGCAGUAUCACUGUGAACAAUUUGGAGCCAGUUUCUCUGAAUAUUUUGUUUGUGAUAGAAAACGUGACUUUUACUGAUUCACUCACCAGCAAUACUUCCAGUGACUUUACAAGCCUGCGAGAUGCAGUCGUCUCCUGGCUCGAAAACGUUCUCAGAUCAGGAUUUUCCCCAGAAGUGCUGCCUAAUUCUCGUGUUGUGUUCAGCAACGCUUCCUCAAAGGUACAGGUGACUGCAUUCAUCCAGAUCAACACGACUAAACUAGAAGACCGACCGUUCCUGCGAGACCUGAUCAUUAAUAAUGUUAACACUUCGGGCUUAGAUAUCAUCAGAUCCACUGUGCAAGUAAAUGGUGACAUGAUUUCCUUUCAAUCGUUCUCGCUGGUUCUUCGGUUUACAAAUCGAAAUUUCGUAGAUGCUCUGAACAACAGGUCAAGUGCUGAAUUCAAAGAGCUCAGCACCACAGUGACAAACGUGAUGAACAAUAUCUUUCAAAACAAUCCAAACUUCAUUGAAGUUAUAAUCGACGAAUUUAGAGAUGGAUCUGUUAUGGCUAUUAGUCAAGCAAUAUUCCUUAAUAAUACAACUCAGCGGUCUGAUGUUAUCCAGCAACUUGUCGAUAAUACUGCCACAUUCAGCAGUGCUAAUUUAAGCUUGGACACCAACUCCCUUAUAGGUGCUACCACCACCACUGCACCCAUGACCACCUCUGCCUCAACCACCACAGUAAACCAGCCACCUCCUGACACACCCUUCCCAGGAUUUGCUAUUGCGAUCAUUGUGAUGUGUCUGUUGGCUAUCAUUGCAAUCCCAAUCCUCAUUGUUGUGUUUGUUAAGACUGGAUUUUGUUCCAAAGUGGCAAACGCAUUCAGACUGGAAGGCCCUGAUGAUUUGGAUAUGAAACUUCCAAUGUUUGGUGGUCGAUCGUACAACUUCCAGUGAUGAUGGGAUGUCAAGGCGCGAUACAACAUGGACUUUGUGUCGAGAGAAGUUAAUUGACAUGGAUUAUGAAGAACACAUACGAACGCUGUUGAUAACAAUGAUUAUCUCACAAAAUCAAUGCCACACAUGAACUGUCAAACACGUGUGCUGUCAUGCUGCUCCAGAAUUACUCUUAAAAUGGCUGCCUUCUCGAAGUGGGUGGUUUCCCUGGCAACCAGUGGACACAUUCACCACAGUGGAAAGCGUAUGCUUUAUGAGGCUGUAAGGGCAGAAUCUGCCUAGUCAAUAUCCCUUUGUGUUGGUAGUUUAAUCUUUAAGUGUUAAAUGUGAGUUUAAAUGUAAGAUUCCCCCCUCCAGCCACCAUCCCCGCUCCUCCCUCUAGCGAAUAAUGACUUCCUUUGUGUUUCUCUGGCCAAAAGUGGAGUCAGUGCGAACAAUGUUUCUGAUGGAUCGACGAGACUUUGAGAAACCUGGCUUUGUACUGGGAAGCUUUAAUUCACCUCAGUUGUUAUAUUAUUAAUGUAAGUAAAGGUAACUCGUACUCGGUGAAGUUGUAGUCAUAUUUAAAAAGAGUUCCUUUUGCUUAGCACUGUAACUGGAGGCCAAUGAAUAAUGUGCUGGGUGGUUCAUUGUUGUAGAGUUUAAGAUGCUGAUGGGACAAAUACAGCAGUAGAAGGCUUGUAGCUGCAUACGUCAAGCUGAAAUGGUGUUCACGAGAGGUGGAAUUCUCCCUCACUUGCAGAUGAUUUCCAAGCUGCAGUCUUUGGGAGUAUUAGCAAUAAAAAGAUCCCUGGGUCCACUGUAAAUGAGUGGAUCUGUGUCACAGGUAAUCAUUGUGUCCUCCAACACAAUUUUGAUAAAAGGACGGCUGAAAUACAAACCAACCCUAAUACUCUGAAAAUGUAUAUUUGCACAUGACACUGCUGCUAUUGUUAUCCCAAUGUCCCCAGGCAUUGCUGUUUUAUUUUGCCAGUAGGCGCGCAGAAGAAAGCUAAAGCCCCAGAAAUGGCCUCAUCAGAGAGGAAGUUGUUUGAACCAAGCUGUUUGUGAAGAAAGUGGAUUUAGUGAUCGGGGCUACAGCAGUCCCAAACAGCAUGCUCAUUCCUUCCUGCGCUCUGUUUAGCCACUUGUGAAGAUGGCCACGCAAUACUCAUUUGAAUUUUUCAGUGAGCCACAACGAUGGGACAGAGAGUCCGUGGAAUUAUUUACAAAAAGGCUUCUUAGCCUGAGAUUUUGCAUGAGCCAUUUUUUGCAAAGACAUCGUGGAUUGAGAUGCUCAGUGCAUCCAUCUGGGAUUGUCCAUUUUGUGCGGGCAUCAGUUGGUCAACAAUGAAGCUCAGACGAUUGUGCCAAUUGCUAAUGCUCCAUUUCAGUUGCUAGGCCCCAGUUUCCUGUAUGUGUGAGCCAAUGAUAUGAGGCACACUCAAUUUUCAGUGCUGUCAGUUUGUAACAAAAGACAUCACAAAUUGCAUUGUGUUUUAUAAUGAGUAUUUACUUUGUGCAUUUGAUUGUGCUGAUAUUUAAGAAUUUUUUGUUCAUAUUGUUAUGUAUUGUUUUGAGUCACUGUAAAGCUAUUAAGACCAGUGGCCAUUCAGGGAUGAAAAUGUUUAAUUUUGAUGUGGGAAAUGGGUGUGUAUAUGUAUAUAUAAUCAAUGGAAAUAUAUUUCAGAUUAGACAGGGUAUGUAAUUCCAAUUUAAUAUGUGCCUCUGUAUUGAUCAUGGAAAGAAUUCUAGGCUGUCUUCAUUUGAAAUCACUGAGCUCAGGGUUCGCCUGGACAUCUAAGCUUCUUUGGAUUUCUGGAUAACACUAAUUGUUGCUUGUUACGAAAUUCACAUUAAGCCAUCAUCUUCUGGUGUACAAGUUGACAAAAUUUACGUAGGUUCAGUGACUGAAAGAUAUUUGACUCCUUAAUGAUUUCAGUUGCAUGAACCCUGCGUUUAACAGAACGACCCCCCCCCCCCCAGUCAGGCUCCGAAUAAAACUGGCCACAACUGUUGGAAACCAGUCUUGAAGUUGAACUGGAUGGAGCCAGCUAGAAUUAACUUUGCUGGGUGUAGCUCAAGUUUGGUGGGACAUCGUGUUUGAAAAUUUCCAAACAUGCAACCCUUUGUCAUACUGUUGUCGGCAAGGCCCACCCUCUGAAAACCUAGCUACUGAUUAAACACAAUGCUUCCAUCAGGGCACAGCCUGCGGUAACUAUCUCAAUAGUACAAAAAGACCUUUGUGGAUGUGUACCACCCUUCGAAGUUUGUGGAAAGUAAUGUGAUUGGCAAUAAAACAUGAGAAUAUUGAAAUUGUCACAACAUCUGCUGCUUUUUCUACUAAUAUCCCUGUAUUAACAUGAAUGAAAUUAUGAAAAAAACAAUACAAAAAACAGGUAUUACCUAAGGGAGCUGCUCUGAAGGACAAUAUAUAUGUGGUGACUUUCACUUAUUCAUAUUGUUUCAAGCACUGCUAAGCAUGAUGAAAAUGUGCCAUUUUUAAAAUGUAAGAGCUUUAAUUCAGAAGAUUAAUUAUAACAUGCUUUAUUGAAAACAAACGUACAACUAAGGAGAGAUAUUUUUCUGACAUAAUGUAUUUUUUUGUAAGCGUUACUAUUAAAUAAAUAUUUCUUACAAUUCAAA